AUGGGAAGAGUCAGGACGAGGAAAGAGACGGCCGAGAAGAAUCGAAAACGUUCAGAGAAACAAGAUGAAACCCAUCCGUUGCCUUUUAUACCUCGUGAACUGAUAGUAGAGAUACUCGUGAGAGUUCCGGCAAGAUCAAUAGCCAGAUUCAUCUGCGUUUCAAAACUCUGGUCAUCCAUAGUCCGCAGCCAACAUUUUACCAAGUCGUACCAGCUGCUGAUGACUCGAAGAUCUGACCCGACUCGCCCGCGUCUUCUUUUCUCACUCUGUCACCCCAUGAAGACGCAGCAAUUAUUCUUAUCCCAGCAAGAUCCAUCUUCUGAUCAUCACAGGGUCAACAUAAGUAUGCGUCAUCCGACUCCUUGGUAUGAAUUUUCAAUACCCGUCCGCGGCUUGAUCUGCUGUCAAUAUGAUGGUAAUAAAGUGAUGAUUUGGAAUCCUAGCACGGGACAGUUGUUACCUUUACCAAGAAUCAAAUCUAGGAGAAGAGGUUUAUUCUCCUUUUUUGGAUAUGAUCCCGUGAAUGGUGUUUACAAAGUGUUGUGCAUGACGGUACUACGUGUAAGAAAUCGAUUCCGUAAGUCACAAGUUGUGUCCGAGGAGCAUCAAGUUUUCACUCUAGGAGCUAAUCAACAAUGGAGAAGUAUCGAAUGUAAGCAUCCUCAUCUUCCUCCUCGUAAUACUAAAGGGAUAUGCAUAAAUGGGGUUGUUUAUUAUCAUGCUUGGAUCAGAAGUGAAAGAUUUUUGAUAUCCUUUGAUCUGAUAUCUGAAGAGUUUAAUGUCAUUAAGUCACCAGCUGACUGUUGGUUCCAAAACCUAGUGAACUACAACGGAAAGAUAGCUUUAACUACAGCCAUGCAGAUUGACCAUAUAUUUCGCCUGUGGGUUCUGAAAGAUGCCUGCAGCGAAAAAAAAUGGUAUAGAAUAUCUUCGCCUGCGAUUUCUUCUCGUUCUUGGCAAGAAUUAGCUGGGAAGGUUUCCUUCGAGCUCAGGGGUACACUUAGUACCGGCGAGCUUAUAUUUGCACCCCUCAGACCCAUUAACCCGGUCCAUUUGAUCAGUUUUGAUCCCAAAAGAAACAAGGCCAAAAAAGUUGUGGUUGAAGGACUUGGAGAUAACUUUUCUUCUCUCGAAGUUUAUUUGGAUCAUGUAGAGAGUCCUAUGUUUCUCUUCUGUUAA